CUGACGAUUGUUGCAGGUGUCGGGAAGACGUGCCUGGAGCGGCAGUUCACGGCCAAGAAGUUCCUGGAGGUGCACGAUCUCACCAUCGGCGUUGAGUUCAGCAGCCGCACCAUCAACGUGGACGGCAAGCGCAUCAAGCUUGACAUCUGGGACACGGCUGGCCACGAAGCAUUCGUACCUAUUACUAGACAAUUCUACUGCAGAGCUGCUUGCAUCAUUUUGGUUUAUGAUAUCACAAGGAGGGAGACUUUUGAUCAUAUUGCUACAUUGCUUGAAAGAGCAAGAGAGCUAUCGAGAGCCGGCGUAACAUUGGCGCUGAUCGGAAACAAAUGCGAUCUGUCUCACAUGCGUGCGGUCAGCUACGAGGAAGGGCGAGAGUUCGCCGAGAGGCACGAUCUCGUGUUUAUGGAGGCCUCUGCAAAAACCACACAAAAUGUUGAUGAGGCAUUCAUUCUGACCGCUGAAAGAGUACACAAGAAAGUCCAAGAUGGCGUCCUUGACUUACCUGAAAAGGUCAGUUUAAGUGCUUGCCUUGUCCAAUAUGCAGGCAAGGCAAAAGAUUGGCUAUCAAUUGGUUGGCAACCAACUUACUUUGCCAAUCUCUCGAAACUUGGCAAUCUUUGGCAAGCUUUGGAGUCGUCAAAUCUUGGCAUGCCAAUAUGCUGGAUAGCCAAUUUUUGGCACAAAAUGGGUCAAUGGAAGUAGAUGAAGCCGAGAAAUCCUAAUGAACGGUUUGUGCAGAAGGAUCCUUUUGAACUUGCUAACUUAGUGUAUGUAUACAACUAUAACUAUACUGUACCAAGAUGAAAUUCAAGUUGCGUGCAUUGCUUUUGCUAUGAAUCCAUCAGUUGCUUGUGUUACCUAAACCUCUGAAAGGGC